UCUGUAGAUCAUGUAACCAAUGCAACGGCGGCGGUUCCGCGCACCAACCUAUUGGGGAUGUAACAGCUCGAUUACUGCGAGUUACAAUGUGAUCGCAGCUCUCACGCCUGCCUUGAAAAUGGAAGAUUCGUACCCUAGUUCACGUUUAAUGACUCCAAGAAAAACAGACUGGAAUAAUAGUUCCAGAAAAGUAAAGGACAAUGCUGCAGAUUGGCAUAACCUCAUACUGAAAUGGGAAACUUGUAACGACGCAGGAUUCACAAUUGCAAAUAAAAUUGUUAAUAUCAAACUCCACAGCAAGAGUGGUGAAAUGGAACAGGAACAAUCAGAUGGUGAAGAUGAUUUUACUGCUAAGCCUGGAAAAGCUACAGUGGUGUAUAACAAAGAGCUUGAUCAACAUUGCACCGAAUUGCUCAAUUUACAUGACAAAAUGGUCAAACUGGUAUUGAAGAUGGAAAAGCUUUGUACAACCAUGAAAGGAGUAAAUGAUCUUGAUACUUUCCACUAUGGUGAAACAGGAAGACAAAUGCCCCUCUUUCACACGUGGCCCACAAGAUGCUUCUAUGAAAUCUCAGUUGAGUUACUGGAGAUGUACAGAAAGGAACUGCAGCUAAAGAGUUUAAUUGUUCAAGAGAUCGCCCACACUAGAAGCUGUGAUCUUAUGAUGGUGCAGCUGUCAUCCUGGCUCUACCAGCCUUAUAUAGAAGAAAAGGCCAGACUUCUUGUUGAAAGCAUGCUACUGGAAACUGGACACAGGGUUCUGUAACAAACACAAUUGAAGAAAUAUUUACAAAGAAAUUGGUACAGAGACAAAUGACAACUUUUUGUGUGGAAUUUUUCCCUCCAAUGAAACACGACCAUUCAUUCAUUAAAAUCAGCUUUAGCACUAGUAAAUGCCUAUCCAUCCAGGAUUGUAUGGCUCAGCUUUGAAACUGGGACGAUGUCUGGCCGAAGGACAACUGUCUACCACAAAACUUCUUGGAAGAUUCACUCAUUCUCAAAUAUCAUUCCGUGGCAGGUAGAAUUCAGUAACACAAUGAUUAUGACAAAAGACAAAGAAAAAUAUAUUUAUUUAUUUCCUUUAAGAAAUUGUUGAAAUACUUAUGCUGAAAAAAAUAAUUUUGUUCAAAUUACUAAACAAUGGUCCUGAAAGAUUGUUAAUGAUUUGUCUUGCACACUCAAGCGAUGGAAAAACAAAUACCAAAACUGCAAAAUAAAAAUGACUUUAAAAAAAAAAAAACCUUCCAUAUAUUGCUGAUAUUUAACGGAGCUUGAUGGUAGGUUAUCGGCUU